AGUCCGCGUCCCCUCAGCAGAGAGCGCCCGCGGGUCACUGACAGUCUGUCGCAGCUCAGCUGGUGCAUAUGUCACAUGACUCCAGCAUGGAUCUUCAGCAGAGACCUGGACACUCGCCCUGAUGGGGAAACGAGAAUCCCGGAGUGCGUGUUUGUGAUAAACGGAGCGCGAGCAUGCCGACGCUGCUGCAGAAGCUCUUCGGCAAGAGAGCCGUCGGUAACGGCAGCGCCCGGGACUGCUCUACGGCGGCGGAGCAGUGUUGGGCAUCUGCUGAGUUUGAUCUAGCUCAGAUCAGGUUGAUAGUGUAUCAAGACUGUGAGAAAAGAGGGCGCCAGGUUCUCUUUGACUCCAAAGCAAUACAUAAACUUGACACAUCCGAGCCGACUGCUGAUGAAACCAAAACUCCCCCCAACCGGAGUGGUGCUUGCCAUAUCGGCAGCCAAGCAGGCGACAAAGACAAGCCUCCUUCAUAUCAGUAUACCAGACCGGCUUCAGAUGUGAACAUGAUUGGAGAAAUGAUGUUUGGCUCAGUUUCCAUGAGUUAUAAGGGUUCAACGCUUAAAAUUCACCACAUUCGGUCUCCACCGCAGCUGAUGGUCAGUAAGGUUUUUUCUACCCGGUUUGGAAGCAGCACCUCUGGAAGUACAAAUACGCUACAAGACAGUUUUGAGUCGAUGAGCCAAACUUUUCCUAGUCGCACCAGCAGCAUAGGAGUUUGCCGCGUGUGUAGCGCUCCUAUGCUCUGCCUGGCUCGGAGCGCAUCUUUCUUUGCAGCCCACAGUAAUCCAGUGGACAUGCCAAGCAGAGGACACAGUGAGGAUGGAGACAGUGGCAUUGCUCGCUCGGCAUCUCUGAGCAGUUUGUUGGCCACUCCCCUACCGUCACCUGGCUCCUCCUUCAGUAGUGGUUUGUCCAGCAGUUACCAACGGCGAUGGCUCCGUAGCCAGGCCACCAGUCUUCAGCAUGGCCCCAUGCCUCGUUGGAACACUGAAGAAAUGUUCAACUUGUCUGAUGAGAGCUGCAACUCUAACCCCGCGAUGAUCCAGAGGAAGAAGAUUGCCAUCAGCAUCAUCAUCAGCCUGCCGGAGAGAGAAGAGGAAAACCACAAUUUUCAGGAGUUUUUCUUCUCACACUUUCCUCUGUUUGAGUCUCACAUGAACAAACUCAAGACUGCCAUCGAGAGGGCAAUGAUUGUGUGCAGAAGGAUAGCAGAGUCCAGUCAACGAGUGCAGGUCUAUCUGUGUCGAGUGAUGGAAGCACUGGGAGAAUUCAGGAUGACAGUGUGGAACCUGUACAUGGCUCCCCGCAUCAGCGAGCCAGUCUGGCUUUCCAUGAUAUCCCAAAGUACCGAGCGAAACCUACUGUGUCAGCGCUUCCUGAAGGAGAUGAGUUUGCUGAUGGAACACGGAGCCAAGAGCCAGUUUCUCGCAGCUCUCCUUACUGCUGUUCUUACGCAUCACUUAGCCUGGGUUUCCACGGUGAUGCCCAGCAGCCUGCCGCCAAUCAAAUCUGCAUGCCAGAAACCUGCCUCCCAGACGGUGGAUCUGUUGGCAAAAUCUCACCCGUACAACCCACUGUGGGCUCAGUUAGGUGAUCUGUAUGGUGCUUUGGGCUCUCCUGUGAGAGUGUGUCGAACGGUGGUUGUGGGACGCAAGAGGGAACUGGUACAGCGAGUCUUGUAUGUUCUGUCCUACUUCAUUCGCUGCUCAGACCUGCAGGAACAUGUGCAACCACAAGGACAGAUGGACAAUCCAGCCAGUCCCUGCACCUCUCAAACCACUGAUCCCACCCCUGAAAAAACAUGUCCCCCUAAACCAGACCCAUUAAAGCCUACUGCUUGCGUUAUUGGAACGAGUGAGAAAGCACUGAACUCUGACUUGGGUAAUGCUAUUCCGGGCACCUCAGUAGAACAAAACCAUGAGAUACUUUUGACUGAUACAAACUCAACCAGUCCAUCCCCCAGCUCGGAAUCGACCGCUGUCAGGCCUGAAUUUACAGAAAUGGGACAGGAAUGUUUUGGAGAAGACAGUGACUCUGUUGGGGGCGGAUUAGAGCACAUUUUGGCCAAUCAGAGUCCUCUUUUGCAUCGGGUACAGUUUCACAUUGGCAGUCCCAGUGAGACAGCGAAUGACGGACAAGCUGGGGGUCUGACUGGGGCAGGGUGUGGACGGGGAUUGGACAGGAAGUUGCAUCAAAGGCUUUUGAGUGACAUACGGAGGAAGGAGAGCUCAGAUAGUGCUCUAGGUGACAGUGAUGAUGAGGAAACAUCGCCGCGAGAACUGUACGGGGCUACAGAACAAAACGAGUACGAGUUACCACUACCAAGUUGUCAGGUAGAGAGUCGAGCCAGUGUUAAUCAUUUCGGGCAUUCUUUGCUGGGUGGGUACUGUCCUCAGUACAUGCCUGACUUUGCCUUGCAUGGCAUCAGUUCUGAUCUCAGGCUCAAACAAUGCCUCAUGGCUGACCUUGAACACACUGUUCUCCAUCCGGCGCUGGAUGAACCAGUGGCCGAGGCUCUGUGCAUUGUGGCGGAUACAGAUCGAUUGAGUGUGCAGGUGGUGACGAGUCAAAGGCGCGUGUGCGAGGGCGGGCGGUUGGGCAGGGACGUGAUGGUGUCCAACCUCGUACACACGCUCAUCACAUCAGUUCUGCAGCUGUUUGCGCUCAACAUCGCCUCCGACUUUUGUGUGAUGCAUCUGGAAGACCGGUUACAGGAGGUGUAUUUUAAGAGUCGAUCCUUAGCAGAAUAUCUGAGAGGACAAACCAGGGUCCAUGUAAAAGAACUGGGGCUGGCACUGGGGAUUGAGUCCAGUGACAUUCCGUUGCUUGCCGCAGUGGCCAGCACACACUCGCCCUACGUGGCCCAGAUCCUUCUUUAAAUAGACCAAGCAAGAUUUAUUUCACUUUAAGGACCAAUCAGAAUGUGUUCCUGUUCUGCAUGGACCAGCAAGGAUCUGAUCACUAUCAGAUGACCACACCAAUCAUGAUGCACUGUGCUCGACAACCAUUCGGAGCCUACACCCAGCCUUAAUAUGCCAAUCAGAAUGCCUCGUUUGUCCAGCUGACAGUCUUUUCUGUGUAUGUAUGUUCGUACGUCUGUGCAUCUAACUGUCUAUAGGCUGAAUCAUGCACCACAUUGGGACACUUGUUAAUGCUCUUCUUGUUUUAUCUCAAGUCUUAUAUGAAAGGCAAGUCUGGAGACCAUAAAUGUUAUCGAUAGAAAACAUCACUAAGAGCAAGAAUUUGAAAAAGCAUCUAUUAAGGAUCUCUGAGCACUGUGUUUGAAUGCACAAUAGUGUAGUUCAUUAAGGAUGAAAGCAUAUCUAUAAAAAGUAUAGCCUCUCUGUGAAGGACAUUAGUUUACAGCAGGAGCCAAAUUUUGUAGCUGGAUGAUCUUGGAAGAAUUAUUUCCUCCAAAAAAUAAAAAUUCUGCCAUAUUUACUCAUGUUGUUCCAAAUUUGCAAGACGGACUUUCUUCUUUUUUUAAAAAAGUAUCUUGGCCACUCUUUUCCAUAUAAUAAAAGUAGAAGACAACAGGGGCUGCUACAAAAUGCCAAAAAAAAAUCUUAAUUAAAAUACAAUUAUUAUAUUCUGUCUUCUUAAGUGAAGACUCGUUUUGAACCCUUUUUUUUUUUUUGACAAUUUUUUCAUUUUUUGUUCCACAGAAAAAACUCCGUAAUAUAAGUUUGAAACACAACAUAAGAGUGAAUAUAAAAUGACAGGAUUUUCUUUUUUGGGUGAAUCGUCCCUUUAAAAUCGUACAUUCCAACCGUUUGGCUCUAGAACACGGCUCUGAAACCAUUUUAAAGGAUACUUUAAAUGAAUGCCUGAAAUUUUAUUCAAGAAAAGCAUCAGUUUUGUCCUCAAAGACGAUGUAAGUCACAACAGCUUUUACUUCCUUUUGUUGGAAUUUGAUUCAAUCAAUCAGUUUUCGUAGUUUUCUAGCCCUGGGUGAUCUUAAAUUUAAUUCAAUCUGCAAUUUAAGUUUUUAUCAUAUUCCAUAAUCUCCAGACAAUGGCUUUUUAGAUAUUAUUUCAAAAUGUGUGUGUACGUUACGAAUGUGUAUGCUUUAAUCUCAGAAAGAUGAGAGAACGUUUACAGAAUGGGGAAGAGGUAGAUUGGGCGUGAUAUUAAACUGUUACUGUUAAUCACUGGUCAGUCCACAGAUUGUGGAUUACAGUAUUAAUCUGGUGCUACUAUUGUGUCAAAGGCUUACUAAAGCACACGCACACUUUUACUUGUGAAUGCUUUGUUUCUUUCUGUGGUUUAUUGCACUGAAAGAUAAGUGUCACAGCAAUAGAACCCCAGGUUUGUGACACUAGAAAUAAAAUAAAUUAGACUUUUUUUUUUUUUUAAAUUGUUCCACUUUAAAGACCUAGAGAAAGAUGAUUAUUUUUGAUAUUUUCAAAGAAUAUUCUACCUCAAGUAAAAGAUCUGAAAGUGGCCUGUUCUGAAUUUUUGGGAUUGAUCAGUCAGUAUUACAUCAAGAAUGCAGUGUGCUGAUACCUUCAUUGAGUAUAUACUUAAAAGCUGCAUUUCGGAUUGAAACAAGCCUGUUUUACAUGUCUCUAGUGUAUUUCUGUACUGAAAGUAAAUGUAAAAUUGCCUUGCUUUUUUAUAAUUUUUUUGUCGAGGUUGAAAUUUGAACACUAAGGUUUUGUCUCUUUUGAGGCUAACAGAUGUAAUCUUGUUUUUCUUUUGGUCUGUUCUGUGCAUGGUUUACAUGUAUGGUUGAAUGCAGUUUGGUAUCUUGUCUGUGACAAUAGGAUGUUGCAAAGAACUGAACUAGUGAUGAAUAAAUUGUCAAGAAUUUGAUAACUG